AUGUACACAGCUGAAUUUCGUAUUCGAUGGAUUGAUGCAUCACCUGACACCUAUAAAAGACCAAUUCUAAGUAUUAACAAUCAAUUUCCAGCACCGACUUUUAUUGUUGAACGAGGCGAUACAAUUAACAUUACAGUGAUCAACGAAUCACAGGAACCAACUGCAAUUCAUUGGCAUGGUCUACUACAACGAAACACAUUGCAUAUGGACGGUGUUCCAGGUGUCACUCAAUGUUCAAUACUACCGAAUCAAUCAUAUGUAUACACGUUUUCUACAAGUAAUCAGUCAGGUACCUACUGGUAUCAUUCACAUUUUUCAAUACAAUACGGUGAUGGUCUCCGGGGUGCGUUAGUUAUCAAAGAUCCAAAUGAUCCAUGGAAGAAAUAUUAUAACGAUGAGGACAUUCUUCAAUUAACUGACUGGUAUCAUACUCCUUUGUACAUACUUCUAAAACCUUAUUUAAAUCCUGGUACAAUGGAUCCAGUUCCGGAUACAGGUCUCAUAAAUGGUAUCGGACAAUUUAAUUGCACAUUGUCUAAUCCAUGUUCCUACUAUCGAGCGACUAUUCGAGAAGGUACAACAAAACGAUAUUGUAUAAUAAACACAUCUGUUUAUGCUACGAUAACAUUGACAAUCGAUCAGCAUGAUAUGAGAGUAAUUGAAGCAGAUGGAAUUAGUUUAGAUGGAAAAAAAUAUGUUAGAAGUCUUCGUCUGAAUCCUGGUCAACGAUAUUCAGUCUUGAUUAUAGCAAAACAAAAUCCUGCAUCAAGUUAUUGGAUACGUGCAAUAAUUCAUUCAUUUGUCGAUGAUAGUGGUAAGUAUACUGCACCUAUUCAACCGAAUGUGCGUGCUGUUCUACAGUAUAUCAAUGAGAAGAAUAUCAAUGUUUCUAUUAUUAUACCGUCGAUGGAUACAUUCAAUAAUGAUGAGAAUAUCAUACAGAAAUCAUUGAUUGAUGGACAAAUAAUGAGCGAUGAAUCAGGAUUGAGUCCAAUUAAUAUUGCUGAAAAUCGUGUUCCGACUAGCGAAAAAAUAAAAACUUUUAUUUUUAAUUCUCAAUUUCGUGGAGGACGUCCAGGUCAUUUCUAUUUUAAUAAUGCAACAUUUGUACAUCCAAUAAAUACUAGUCUAUUAUCAUCACUUCUUUUCGAUAACUUUGAACAACUCACGUCAUCGUGGAUUAUAAAUAUUGACUCCGAUGAGAUUAUUGAUGUUAUUAUUAAUAAUAUUGAUUAUGGUUCACAUCCAUUUCAUUUGCAUGGUCAUCAUGCAUGGUUAUUAGCAUCAGGUCAAGCUAGAGAUGGUUAUUUUAAUGAAUCGACACGAAUAAACAUUGUUUAUAAUACUAUCAAUCCAGUAUAUCGUGACACAUAUACAGUUAAUCCAUUUUCAUACAUUGUUUUUCGUUUUAAAGCAGAUAAUCCUGGUAUAUGGAUGAUGCAUUGUCAUAAUGAUUGGCAUCUACAGCUUGGUAUGGCAUUAGUAUUUGUUGAAUCACCGCAAAAAGUCAAAGAUUAUUAUUUCAACCAUAAUUCGAAAAGUAAUAUACCAUCGCAUUGUCAACAUCAUUAUUGA